AUGGUAUUUCAUGGAGGAAGAGUUAAGCUACACUCUAUACUGGCGACCCUUUCUGAAUUUGAACAUGCUGAGAAGGGUGAUGCUUUGUAUGCAAUGGAACUAGCACUGUCCUUGGAGAAGUUGACAAAUGAGAAACUUCUGAGCUUGCAUGGUGUGGCUGCUCAAAACAAUGAUCCUCAAAUGACUGAGUUUAUUGAGCGUGAAUUUCUAGCUGAGCAGGUGGAAGCAAUUAAGAAAAUUGCAGACUUUGUCACUCAGUUGAGACUGGUUGGAAAAGGACAUG